UUGAACUCCCAAACUGAGCUAUUCGGAGACGAGGUAUACAAAGAAUUGUGCUGUGUAACGCUGCCUCUAGAUUUGAUUGGUUAUGAUGAUAAAGUGUGUUAGAUUUCCAUGUAGAAUUGAACCACACAGUCUUCGAAUUGUGUUCGCCCUUGUUUGCGUGAUUGGAAUCGCCGUAUUGGCACUUCUUCGACCCUCCGCUCCGUUUAAAAAAACUCUUCGCUUUAAAUACGUUAAAAAUGUGGACAACAGGAGCUUCGUUGCUUGUAGGCUUCCAGUUCUAGACCCGUAUCACGAAAGCGUACUUAAAUUUGUAGAAGACCUUGGCGAGUUACGUUGUAAAGGAAGAAGCUUUUCAAGCUUUGAAAACAACGUUCUUCGCGUGGAAGGUGAGGGUAUCGUUUCAGCUCAGUACCGGAAAAUUGGCAGAAAGGCCGGCGAUGACUAUCAUGUUUUACUUUCGAAGCCAGUUUCUAUCGUUAACUUGGCCGACAAAAGUGGUGGAAAAACGCAAAACUCGAAAGGUAUGUAGCAGUUAUCAGCGCUUUCGUUCAGAUUUGCAGGGAAAUUGCGCAAAACGCCUUAUGACCCAAGAAGUCUUAGUGAUUAGGGCGACGAAGUUAAGUGAGUCAAGUUCCGCUUCAGUUUGCCCUGUAUAAAGACCAGUACUGGAACUAGACUCUCUCAGUUUCCAUCCUAGCCCCUAAAGUUGGAGUCAUUUGGCGUUCGGCGGCCGUUCGGAAUACUCCUUCUGCAGUUGCCUGCUGUUACCCGUAGUUUUAAUAGCCUCCCUCGCAGAUGUUCGCCUGCGUGGGAUGUUAUCUAAAGACCGCAUUUGCUGUGUAUAAAAUCCACUGAAAUAUUCUUAAUUCUCUCAUUUCAGGCUGAAUUAAUGCCUUUCAUUUUCGUUCGUUUAUUGACUGUAACGGUGUUAUACAACUUCUAAAUCGCAUAUGAGUUACCACCAGUUAAAUUUUUUAUAGGUGUACGAAAUACACAUGGCUUGUGAGUACUAAUUUACAUGUAAUUAUGUUGUCGUUGAAUUCGUCGUUGGUUUGUCUUUCCGUUAUUGCAAACUUUUAUCAUACCCCAAAAGGUACCAACAUAUUCGUUUACUGCACUGAACGCCUUUGAUCACUUAAGAAUUUUGCGUUCUGAUAACUCCUGACAAUAAAAUUGCAAAAAAUAAAGCUGUCGAUCAGUUUGCAUAAGAGUUAAUCCAGUCACAGCUCGGUGCAUACAUGUAGAUGUAAAUGUGCAGCUGGUAUGACGAAGGGUUUUGAGGAAAUACUGGAUGUCCUUGAUCGAAUAACGGCUUCUGGAGGAACCACGUAAUAUACUAAUAAGGAAGUCUAAAAGCAAUAUUGGUUUUAUCGGAAAAACAGCCGCACCGCACCCAUGCGUCACAAAUAGUCUUAACUUUUUAUUUAGAAUUUACAAUUGCUGGCGGAAAAUGAAUAAUCUUAACAAAAGAAAAUUUUAGCAUUUAUUAUAUAAACACCAAUGAAAUACAAGGUGAGCUUUCGCGCGGAAACUUGAUAUCUUCACAUGUGAAAAUAACAUGUUAUAUUCACAUGUGAAAAUAUCACCGUUGCUAUGGCUACAUAAUAAAUCCCGCCUUUCACACCAAGAAACUAUUAAAGUGAAAUGGUUUGGUAUUUCAUUGGUGUUUAUAUAACAAAGGCUAAUAUUUUUCAACACUCGAAGAGAAAUUUCGUAUCUCCGCGCGGCCAUGUAAUAUCCUCUAUGUUUCAGGCUUUCGUUCAAUGCGGACGAGCGAAAAAAUACAUUCUUAUAGUUUGGAGUACUUAUUGGAAGUUUAGGCUAAAUAGGUUCUUAAUUUUUAUGAAGAAGGAUACUGUUGUUGAUUACAAGAAAUUGCUAUAAAUGGUAUUUGUCCUUCAUAAUAUGCAUUUAUUUACCAAAAAUCUAACAAAACUUGGUUAACAGCUAGAAGAUAUGCAGUUUUCGACAAUGGUUGUAUACCUUACACAUUUAUUAUGUAACGUAAUAUAAAACGUAAUGUCAAAAUGUUCAUGAAAAUGUAGUCUAACCCCACAAACAAGAAGCUGUUGAUUUUUCUUGGCUAAACUGGUUCUUAUAUUUUGGAGUAUUCAAAUGACAAAUUUCUGCCAGCAGGUUCUUAAAUCCUAGGUUCUUCUUCCCGGCGUUUUAGUGUAGCGAACGGACGAAAACUGAACACGGUAGGAAGAGAUGAGGGAAGAGCCUGUGAGGACAUAAACUCUGCCCCUAAAUCACAGGCGCGCCCAUGUAAACAAGAGCACCGCUAAUAAACCUAUUCGGCUAACUCAAUGUUGUACCCAAUUCAAAUCUCCUGGGGUUAAGAUUCUUUGUAAAAUUGUAUUUGCAUUAUAAUGUGGCAUUCUCAUUUAAAUGUAUGGAAAUUCUUGAAACAAAAAGUUUUAUUCCCAAAGGGUCUGAAUUGGGUACAACAUUGAGUUAGCCGAAUAGGUCUAUGCUUAUACCCUAAUCACACAAACAAUACAGGUUUAAUUAAACCAAAAUGAAAAUCAUUAACAGAAAACUGAAAGAUUUGUUGUUACAUUCUCUAUUCCAGCAUUGCCCGUAAUACAUCAGUUUUGGCCUUCAACGUGUUGCGUAAGGAAUGUUUUCAAUCUCUCCAAGUUACUCCUAAAAGAUUUGAAAACAAUUAUUAUGUAGAAUUCGGGGGAUAAACAAGGUGUGUUAUGGUCAAGGCGAAGGUUGUGAAUAAAGUUAAGUCCAAUAAAUCUGUUGUUUUCUUUUUCGUGGCAGCUUUGGUGCCAAUAGUGCAUUAGUUAAACUGAGUUCCGCAAUCAUAUUAACAGGGACGUGCAGUAUUUUUACUAAGCUUCCUCUCGUGUUUUAGGUUUGUUCUCGAGAUUAUGGAAUUUUCUCACUGGCUCAGGAGGUAAGUCUGAUUACCUUUGCAAACAGCUUAUAAUCUUAAAAGGAGACCUGUAGUUUAAAAAUGACUUUUUUAGUGUUAAUAUAUUACAAUUUUUCGGACAUGUGGGCACGUCCCUUCCGCGGACUGGGUAUCGACAUUCAGUUGCAGAGCAAAGGCAAUCAACCGGUUCCUUCUUCCUAAAUUUCGGAUAAAUUAUUUUAAGACCUUGAGCAGUGUUUAAGCGUCGCAGAUUUUCUUUCAUAAACGGUCGCACAAUCCAGAUUGAACCUGGGCCCUCCUCCUACACUGAUCUCACUUCCUUUUAAUAAUACCGCUAUACUACCCCGCCACCGAGUCACCGACCCGUCAAAAUUUGGAAAAACUGUCUUUCAUAACUGAGACAUCUAUAACAGAUGACCCUAGGCCUUCCCUCAUCUUUUAACGUAAACUGACCUGAGGUUUAAACUUUUUCCAUUCCAUAAAGUAUACCGUAAAAUUCCAAAAAUAAGCCCCUCCAAAUAUAAGCCCCCCGGGGGGCUCGUACUUGGAAAUUGCCCUCAAAAACAAAGUAAAGCAAAGCAAAAACGGGAAAUUUCCUUCCAACUAUAAGGCUAGCCCAAUCGAUUUUGAAACGCAAAUUUCUCUCCGUAGAUAAGCCCCUCCGAAUAUAAGCCCCUCAAAAAAGGCCUUUGAAAAAUAUAAGCCCCGGGGCUUAUUUUCGGAAUUUUAUGGCUUCGGCCCCAAGGAUCGAACCCGCUAUCUCGCUCUUCAGAGAUAUGUAAUUAGACAGGCCGUCUAAUAACGUAGCAGCCUUGUUCCAAGUCGUCAUCGGGAAGUUUUCGAUGUCGGUACAAAGUCGUCUCCGCUCACUCGGAUGGCGUGAAUUGGCCUGGAGGCGAGGUUGCAAACGGAGUACUAAUUCUCUUGCUUUUUAAUAUAUAUAUUUAGCCAGGGGUAAAAGCGAAGCUCUCGUUUAUAAAUUCAUAAUUUAAAUCAAACAAUAAACUUGCAAUCCACAGAUCAGGGCACAUUCAUUUGACUUUUGAGGCAAAGGCUAAGUGAUUUUAGAGAAAAAUAAUUUGACAGUCCAAGAGUGAAACAAAUUUUACAUCGAGUUAUUAAAUAGUCUUAUUUGUACACCCAAGAUAGCAAUCAUGUUCGAUCACAGUAGAUUAGGCCUGGAAAACAAAUAGACCUAUUCAUGUAUUGUAUUUGCAUUAGCUGUUGCAUCAUAAUGUGGCAUUCACCAGUCUCUCCAACAUUGCUCCGUUAGAGAGACUAUGGAUAAUUGGACAACCCCGAAAUAUAAUUUUAAGAAACACACGCCCCACGAUAGUCCUUGGUGGCAGCCAAUUUACACGUUGCAUUCCUCUGUCUAAAAGAGAGGCCAAAAUAAAAAAUCAGGCCGGAUUUUUUGUGUUCGACAAGUUUAGUUUACUAGUAAAUCUUGGCGACGAAUCUGGUGGCGUGUAAACCAGCCUUAUAAACAUGCUUUUUCUCAUCACGUCUCAGGUAAACAGUACUCUGAGGCCCUUUUUUACCAUACAGACCUCGGACAGAAUUUUUUCUUUUUUGCCCUAUUUAAACCUAUAAUUCGGCAGUUUUUCACAAUUUUGCAAGAGAAUUUGCACUCAUUCAAUAUCCACGACGAUCAAAGCACGCGCUUCCUUUGCACAACAAGUUAUAGCAUUGAAUUAUAAAACGUUGUCAUGAAGAGAAUUCUCAGAUAAUGCCGGGACUUUUCAGUUAGAAAAAUCUGGUCCUAUGUGAUAUGCAGGGAAAUAAUUACGGGCUUUAAAUGAAAACGAUAAAGAAAAUUCCCAAAUCACUUUUCGGCCAGCCGAACGGGUUCUCACUUUUGACAGGCACCAAAUUUGCAGUGCGACUAAUACAGUUACCAUUUACGCUUCAACGUGAUAGAGAAAUUGUUAUGUUUAGGUUUUAUUUCCCUUUAUUUAGUAAACUGUGUAUGGUUUUGUUAUUUAUAAUCUUUAAAAGCGAGUGAUAUUUACAGGCGGCGUUUUGAGUAUUCCCGCAUGCGAUGUUUAUGUUCGACUGGAAACAACCGGUGCAGCGAUAAAAAUUGCGAGAGAGACUACUAACAAUCCAUAAAAUAGACAUAAUUCGGUGAAACAUGUACAGAGACAAUAAUUUUCAUUCACGAAGAGAAGUAUUGAGAGUAAAGUGUCGCUGAAAAUCGUGAGUCAGGUACGCAUAAGCUUAUUUAUUUUUUAAGCCGGCUCCCGGUGUUUGCUCUUUUUCAAGAUGAACUCGAGGCAAGAAAAUCGCUCAGAGCUUUCUGUUUACAGCCAAAAUCAUAACUAAAUAAUCUUCGGAACCUUUUCUUUGAAUUUGCGUCAAAAAAUGUAUAAAGGCUUUUUAACCCUGAUACUAUUGUAGGUUAGAUCAUUGCUCGUGUAUAAACUUAAGCCGCAUAAACCAUACGCUCGACUUCAGGAAACCGAAAAAAAAGACACAUCAAAGACAAUAAUUGCUCAGGCUAACCAGUCGAGAUGCUGCUUCUGAAGGUCAUCAAGUGUUCCAGAAUCGCUUGAGACUUUUCAACCCUCUUACGCCUCAAGCAAGGGCAAGUGAGUAAGCUCAUUUUUGAAAACGAUGCCAUCCGAAAUCGGAUUUCCAAUGACUUUGACAAGCGGUGUAUUGUGAAAAAAAAAGCGCAAUAAACAAACCAGCCAUGAAUUACAGAACAAUCUUUGUAGCAGCUGUAUUUCCUUUUGUACACCAAGUAGAAAAAGACAGUUUAAAACAUCACAAGAUGAGACAAAACUCUGUCAGCUCCAGCUAUCAGUAAGCAAGUUUCCAGACGCUGCAUAAAUUUUCCGCGUGAACUCACCUGUCAAAUUUUGACCAAUCAGAACAUAAGAAUUGGACGUAGAGCGUGAUCAACGCGUGACAGUGAGAAAAGUCAAAAGCGAUUGCCUUCCCUGCAUGUAAUGUAAAAGCCGGUUGAAAUUUCGCGUCCGAAGGCAGUUCGAAAUCAACAUUUUAAAAGUGCUGCUCAUGAACACGACUUAUUUCAUAUGCAUUUUAAAAAAAUUGAACUUGAGCCUGCGAUCAUUUGAAAAGUAUCAACUUGUCAGCGGAUUCCUUCAAAAAAACACUCGAACUCAGUGGGUCGAUACCAGAUCGUGUACCUGGGCGAACCUGAGCCCACGUUAUUAGUUUUCUGAUAGUGGUCUGCACAUGUCCGAUUUUGACAGCUGUCAAUUGACCUUAAUUUGGCUUGCCAAUAUAACUUUAAACGAGUGUCAGCCAACUGACAGCCUUGCCCGGCGUAGUUUCGUUUUUAUGUUGAAUUGGUAAGUGUGACAUAUCAUAUCAGCUUACAUGUAGGGGCAAAACGACUGGCCUUUCAUCUGAGCCCGCGAGAUGGUCAUGUGAUAAUUGUCAGCAGAUGUCUCAUUUUGACAGCUGUCAAUCUAAUCGUCCUCAUAUGGAUGGCUUACAUAACUAAGAGGCUAGUCAAGGUGUGCAAGAUCUAUUGUGACAUUUGACAUCGGCUUACAUGAAGUGUGUGUACGGGUGGGCGUACGCUACGUCAUAACCAAAUUUUAUCGGAUGGAUAGUUUACCAAAUUUUGUUACCCAUGGUGCUCCGUUGCGCGAGCGCUUCGCGCGCGCGAGAGCUCCGCUAUAAGUCGCGGGUUGUGGAUUAAGAAGCCAAGCUCUGACAAUCAUGAAGGCUGGUUUUCACUAUCGAUGGAGUUAUAAUCAGAAGUGUAUAACAUAACGAUCCAGUAGAAAGAGCGCUCUGAUUCCGCUUUGGACUCCUUCGUUUACGAUAUGGUGAAAACUAGGCUGUCAGAGUCUUAAGCAGAAGCAGAAGGACUAAACCAAUCACAAAGUGUGGGAACGUGCAGUGUGUGAUUGGUUUGUCCUUCUACUUCUGCUUCCGACUCCGACAAUCUGGUUUUCAUUAGAUCGUAAACGACGGAGUCAUAAGCAGAGUCGGAAGCAAAUGGAAACGCUCUGAUUCCUUCCACUCCGACUCCGUCGCGCUUACGACUCCGAUUUUUGAUUUUCACAAGGUCAUAAGCGCUCUUACGACUCCGCUUAAGAUUCCGACUCCGAAUCCGUCGCUAGUGAAAACCAGCAACCAACCUCGCGUCCAAGGCUUUUCGCUUAGAAAAUGGGAGGGGUGGGUGGGGAAAACACUGAAGACGAGGUAGCUAGGGAACGAAAUAUACGAAAUAAGGCUUUUUUGUUUUGUUUCUUUUUUUGUGGCAUGUACUAUAGCCGGGAAACCGGAACACCUCGGAACACUCCAGAACAACCAGGAAAACCCAUAUGAAAUUAUAUUACAAAACUCAUGAGUGUCAAGGACUUGGCUUCGAGAAAUAGUGAUCUUUAUUAUUUGCAGAUAAAUUCUCGGGCUUUGCGAAAGUGGAUCACGACUUCAUUCAAGUCGAUGCAGUGACGUCAUGGGGUUGGACAAUGAGUGACGUGCACAUGCACGUGUUUCCACAAAAGGAAGUGCUUGAAAGGCAAAAGAAACCUGGUGGUAUUCCUUUGAAUAUUGCACUGAUCAUGUUUGACUCCACAUCCGCGGCUAAUUUCAAGAGAAAAAUGCCAAAAAGCUUGGAAUAUUUGACAGAUGAUCUGAAUUCAUUGUUGAUGCGAGGUGAGAUGAUCAGGUCUAAAAAAGACAUCAUACUGGUUAACACUCGUAGCUUUUCAAGAGAACAUAAAAUUGACCUUCAAUUUUGCAACAUUUAUAUAAAAGUUUUACAGUUAUGCGCAGUCAAAUAUCUAUAACACGGACUCCUCCCUAGGAAUCAGAACCCUAGUGCUGGUCCGUGCCGUGAUUGAGUAAUUGAAAAGAACAAGCCUAAAAUUUUGAAUUUUUUGACUUAGGCAAAAUCCAGUCAUUAGAUUUUGUUAUGAUUUUGCACACAGCUUACAAUUAAUAUCCCUCAUUCUUUAAAUACGACUUAACAAACAGGCUUUUUUGUGAGAAACGUGAUUAUCACAAAACUUCUUUGUAAGAAAUAUGUUUUAAGGCUUUCAUUGACUGAGGUGCGAUACGAAAAGACUUUCUGGCAAAUUUCGUCAAAUUUUAAUGAUUAUAAAUUCUAACACCCUGUGUUACCAAUUUUAAAGGCGAAACAAUUGUUGGGGAUGGUACCACAGCUCAGCUGGCCGCUCUUUUGACUGGAAUUGCAGAAAAAGACCAACCGGAGGCGAAAAAAGAUAUGGGAAAUGCAGCCAGCCCUGUUGACAUAUGGCGAUGGAUAUUCAAGGAUUUCAAGCAAAACGGAUACGUUACAAUGUUCUCAGAAGACUCGCCUCGCUUUGGGUCGUUCAAUUAUCGCCUGAAGGGCUUCAAAGAUCCCCCAACAGAUCAUUUUGCAAGACCUUUCUGGAUGGCAGCGGCCGAUUUGGGAUGGGAGCAUUUUUGCAUCAACGGUAGAGCUUUGCACAAAGUUGCAUUUGAAUAUAUGCUAAGUUAUUUUCGUGCGUACAGGAACACACCGAAAUUCUCUUUUGUCUCGCUUGCUCCUUUAACUCACGAAAAUAUUAAUAGCCUCGGUUAUGCAGAUGAUGAUUUUAAGAUCCUUCUGCAUCACUUGAAGAAAGAAUCAUUCCUUAACAGCACGUUUCUUGUCGUUUUUGGAGACCACGGACCACGGUUUUCCGCCUUGAGGCAAACCAUUCAAGGAAAACUUGAGGAACGGCUUCCAUUUCUAUCAAUCACAACACCAAAAUGGUUUUCAGUACAGUACCCAAAGCUUUAUCGCAACCUCGUACAUAAUUCAGGUGUUCUUACUACACCGUUUGAUCUGUACGCUACCCUACGUCACAUUAUCUCGUACCCCGAGUAUCCAAGUGGGAUUACAACCGGUCAAAGCCUGUUUAACCGGAUCGACGAGGGAAUUCGUACUUGCACCAUGGCAGGUGUUGAGGAACACUGGUGUCCUUGUCUUAAUUUAGAGGAAAUUUCGGUGAAUGAACCUGUUAUUGGGCAAUUGGCGGAGUUUGUAGUGAGUCAUAUGAAUAAAUUGCUUUCAAAAAACCCCAAAGUAGCAAAACUGUGUCAAAAGCUUGUUUUGAAAGAUGUGAAAAGCGCUUUUCGGGAUAUGCCUAGUGAAACACUACAGUUUUUCAAGAAAUCUAAACCUGACGAGAUAUGCGAUUCCUGCGGACUUGAGUAUGGAGGCAAAUCAAAGAACACGCUUGUUUUGAAUACCCUAUAUCAAUUACAAUUAGUCACAUUUCCAAAUGAUGGAUUUUACGAAGCAUCAGUUAGAAUGAAAAAAGGUAAUCCUUCAAUAGUUGGUGAAAUCAGUCGUUUGGACGCCUAUAAAGACCAGAUCUUCUGUCUUCAUGAUUUAUACCCUCGUGUACGAAAAUAUUGUUACUGUUAGGAUAAUUUAUAUUGGUGAUUAUUUCCUAAGAAUUAUUUAUAUUUAUUGGGGGAAUGGAAUGGGUGCAAAGCUUGUAAACAUUAAUUUACGUCAUCAGUGGCGGAUCCAGACCUUCCAGACCCUGACAUAAGGGGCGGACGGUGUUUUCCCGUCGGGUCUCAGUUAAAAAUAAGGGGGGCACCAGGGUCCCUUCCCUGGAUCCGCCGCUGAGUAUGGAAUUUCUGUCGCUGAG